UUUAGUUUCGGGAUCAUCUCCAUGCACUUCAUCCGCUUUAACCCGCUCCUGUCCUGCGCAACACAGAGCCAACUUCUUCUAUUCGGGGCUGAACUUUUUUUUUUCUCUGGAGAGAAAAGCAAUGCGCUCGAAUCACGGGUGGAUACACAGUCUGUAAAACCUUGGAGUGUAUUAUAAAAUGGUCUAUUAUAUCCCUGUAUAUGUACAGUAAGGGAUGUGUGCGCUUCGCAACGAUGCUGUGAUUCAGCAGUGCCAGACCCUGAGGCUGCUGCUGAGGCUUUUUACAGGAUCAACUGGUUUCUUCAAGUGCUUUCUAGGAUCUUUCUGUUAACUUUGCACCAUGGACUACAGGACUUGUCUGUUUUGUGGCUCAGCUCGUGUCUCGAUGGAAGGACGCAAAGCAACAAACCUCUUUCAAAAGUCCUUUUCAUCAAAUUCUUGAUUUAGAAGAAGUAUUUGCGUAUGUGUGUUUUUAGGCUAAAAUAAACCUGCAUGCCACAUUGUAUACUUCAGGGUAUGCUAAAGUUCUGCAAAGAAAUCAAUAGGCUAACAUUGCACUAAAAAACGACAAGAAUAAGAUAUUUUGUGCUUUUUUCGAGUUGAUCGGAUCCCGUUGGCUCAUAUGGGACUGAGGCACUCAUCACGGUGCCUGCUCCUGCGCAGAAAGAUGGCGGAGGCUGAGAGCUCGGAGCAGAAGCAGCAGCAGCCGAAGCAGCAGAGCACUGGCAAUCCUCCCUCAUCACAGCCUCCCCCUGUGCCUAAGCUCAUGGCCUCAGUUCAUCAUGUCCAUUGUCCCCCUCAUACCCCACAUGUCUCAGCACUGUCCACCUGCCCUGGGCGUGGUAAAAUGGCCAAACUUCUCAAUCCAGAGGAAAUGACCUCACGAGACUACUACUUCGACUCAUAUGCCCACUUUGGCAUUCAUGAGGAGAUGUUAAAGGAUGAGGUGAGAACACUGACCUACAGGAACUCCAUGUACCACAAUAAACACAUUUUUAAGGACAAGAUUGUUCUAGAUGUGGGCAGUGGGACGGGGAUCCUUUCCAUGUUUGCUGCUAAAGCGGGAGCCAAGCACGUCUAUGGGAUUGAAUGCUCAAGUAUAUCAGAGUACUCAGAAAAAAUCAUCAAAUCCAAUCACCUGGACAAUGUCAUUACCAUCUUUAAAGGGAAAGUGGAGGAGACAGAACUGCCUGUGGAUCAGGUGGACAUUAUUGUUUCUGAAUGGAUGGGAUAUUGCCUUUUUUACGAGUCCAUGCUGAAGACUGUCAUUUACGCCAGAGACAAAUGGCUGAAGCCUGGAGGGUUCAUGUUCCCAGAUAGAGCAACACUAUAUGUGGUAGCAAUAGAGGAUAGACAGUACAAAGACUUUAAAAUCCACUGGUGGGAGAACGUUUACGGUUUUGACAUGACCUGCAUUCGCAACGUGGCCAUGAUGGAACCACUGGUGGAUAUCGUGGACCCGAAACAAGUAGUGACCAACUCCUGCCUGAUUAAGGAGGUGGACAUCUACACAGUAAAGUUGGAGGAUCUGACCUUCACCUCAGCCUUUUGCUUGCAGAUCCAGAGAAAUGACUACAUUCACGCUCUUGUCACCUACUUCAACAUCGAGUUCACCAAGUGUCACAAGAAGACUGGCUUCUCCACAGCCCCCGAUGCUCCAAGUACUCACUGGAAGCAGACAGUGUUUUACCUAGAAGAUUACCUGACAGUGCGGAGAGGGGAGGAGAUACUGGGAAGCAUCGCCGUUAAGCCCAAUGAAAAAAAUGAGCGAGACUUGGACUUCACCUUUGAGCUGGAUUUCAAAGGGCAACUUUGUGAUGCAGCUAUUUCUCACGACUACAAGAUGCGCUAGGAUUCCAACAGAGGAAGAUUCUCCCCAACAGCUCGGCCACACAGAGAACGACGCACGAGGCUGCUCCAUGCUCUGACCAAACAGGAGAAACCACCAGCAGAAUGUGAGACCAGCGUGAUUCACGUACAAAGAGCAGAAAUGUCAUCAGUCCUCCAGUUCUGCAAAACUACCCGUCUGUGAGAGAGCAUCACUCUGAAUGUAACUGUCAAUGACCUUGAGAAUGUCUUAGUUGUCAUUAAUUUUCGUAAGAAAGCAUGAAAGCAAGUACAGUGUUGAACAGUAAUGUACAAGGUAAUGUUUAAUACAAGGUAUUCUAAUAGGAGACAGGAAGGAGAGAGAAUCUAAGAACUAUUUAAAUUAUUUUAUCUACUCCUCAUUAUUACUAAACAUAU